UCUGAAGUGGGCGUGUCUCCGAGCUCGAGGGCCUCAAACAGCAAACAGCGCAAACAGCACUGAGCGCGUGCGCUUACUGGGAGCAAGCACACUACCAUAUUGUUAUUUCAUGGCUUCCCCUUUCAUGGCUUCCCCUCUAAGAUCGGGCUUCCACCGGCUUGAGGUCCAAAAAACUGCAUGGGAAAUUCCGGAGCGAUACACAACAUUAAACCCUGUGGGCUCCGGGGCAUAUGGGACAGUAUGCUCUGCUAUUGACCAGAAAACGAAGGAGAAGGUGGCCAUUAAAAAGCUGUACAGACCGUUCCAGUCUCUGAUCCAUGCAAAGCGGGCCUACAGAGAACUCCGCCUUUUACGCCACAUCCAACAUGACAAUGUGAGUCACAGAUUCAUAUUGAGCCCACAGCAAAGCCUGGUUUGUAAUAAAAAUGUUAUUACCCAAAAUGAAUAGAUUAAACCACAUACAGUUUACUUGGUAAUGCCAUUUGUGGCUCAGGAUCUUGGGCACAUAUUGAAGAGGAGGAGGCUCACUGAAAAAGUCAUUGUGUAUUUGUUCUACCAGUUACUCAGAGGGCUAAAGUACAUCCAUUCUGCUGGGAUCAUACACCGGGAUCUGAAGCCAAACAACCUUGCUGUUAAUGAAAACUGUGAGUUAAAGAUAUUGGACUUUGGCUUGGCAAGACAUGCAGAGAUGGAGAUGACUGGCUAUGUUGUGACACGGUGGUACAGAGCCCCUGAAAUCAUUUUCAACUGGAUGCAUUAUACUCAGACAGUGGACAUAUGGUCUGCUGGUUGCAUCCUGGUGGAGAUGAUCACCGGUGAGGUGCUUUUCCCAGGAAAUGACAGUAUGGACCAGCUGAACAUGAUCCUCCGUCUAACAGGAACACCACACUUAUCACUGGUGCAGAAAAUGCAGAGCAAAGAUGCAAGAGCUUACGUACAGUCUCUCCCAGUCCAGAAAAAGAAAGUAUUCAGAGACAUCUUCCCAUCCAUGGAUCCCAACGCUGUGAAUCUGCUUGAGAAGAUUCUGAUGUUGGACCCAGAAGCCAGACUGACAGCUAAAGACGGUCUGUCUCACCCCUACCUCUCUGACUACCAUGACCCGGAAAACGAAGCCGAGUCUCCCCCUUAUGACGACUCAUUUGAGAGCCUGGAGCUGGCUGUUAGCGAGUGGAAGAGCCUUAUACACAUGGAGAUCAUGACAUUUGACCCAGACAAUCCUAGACAAACUGCAAUAUAACACCUCAUCAGAACUGGGAAUAUACUGCAAUAAAGUUACUACUGAUUAAGCUACAUGAUAGUGUUAUCCAACACACCAGCAGUGAGAGGAACGCCGUUUAUUUACACAGCCAGCUCGAAGGUUACAUUUUUCUCUUUUCAUUUCACAUGAAUACCACGUUUUAUGCUGUUGUUUUCCAAGUAUUUGUAGUUAUGUUAAUAAAAAUUAACCACUGAA